CAAGGCAACUUGAGAGCAAGACUGCAGUAGACAAGCAGUUUUUCUAUACAGCACGCAGCAGCAAGCAGCAGCAGCCAGCCAGCCACAGCGGUUUAGCCGUGUAUUUCUAGCAGCCAUUUUGCACACAGCGCGAUUAACAGCAGCACGCAGUUGCAGUUGUUGAGUUGAUUUCACGUGGAAAAUCCAUUGCUUUUCUUCGUGCUUUUAAUUUUUCGUCUUUUUAUUUCAAAAAGAAGCCGCAGUGAAAAUGCCGAAAGUCGCAGGCGAGAAGGGAAAGCGCUCCAAAAAGGACGCGAAUGCCCCCAAACGCAACCUAUCCGCGUAUUUCCUGUUCUGUGCCGAGGAACGCGAUCGGGUGAAAUCACAAAAUCCCAACCUUAGCCUCGGAGAUACCGCCAAAGAACUGGGACGCCGAUGGGCCGCCGCUGACCAGGCCACUAAGCAAAAGUUCGAGAAGUUGGCCGCCAAAGAUAAGGAGCGCUAUGAACGGGAGAAGGCCGCCUACAAGGGAGGAGCAGGCAAAGCCGGCGCUGCCGCCAAGGGAAAGCCAGCGGCCAAGGGAAAGCCGGGUAAGAAGGCCCAGAAGGAGUCAGACGAGGAUGAUGACGACGAUGAGGAUGACGACUAAACUCAUUCCCUAAACGGAUGCACCACGACGACGCCCAUUUGCACCUGCUUGUUCUCGUAUAUUCUUUUUUUCCUACACUGAAGUCGUGGUCGGCGUUUAAUUUUCGUUGUAUUUUUUCCUCUCCGCAACAAGUGUCUCAGUGGGUACGGCGCGCAGCAGCAGCAUCGAGCGUUUCGGGGGUUUUAAAAAAAUCACAUUUCUCUCAGACACACGCGACAGGAUUGUAUUAAUGGCGGUGGAGUAUCUUGUGUCACUGUUCUUAAUUGUUUAAUUUGUGGAUGGCGGGUGUGCAGCGGCGCCGGCUGCCGCCUGUGCGAUUACUUUGAUUUUUUUGCCAUUUUUGUGUAUACAUUUGCGCUUUAAUCGUAUUGCACUUCUGUUGGCCUCUUUGUCCAAGUGUGCUCGUUGUUCAAUUUACCACUGAUGACAGUCUGAUUAAAACGGGAUGAAAA